UCAACUUUAUAUCAAUUCCGCGAGUGGAUUUAACAAGUGACGCAAUUUCUCCUAUGGGUUCCCCUAUGAAUGAUGUAAACCCUUUCUCCUCUACCAAUCUUGGAGCUGGUAUGCCAUCUUCUGAUUUGCAAGACCAAGGGGCGUCAAGAAGAGAUGAAGUUGAGUGUGCGACGUCAGCCAACUCUGAACAAAAGGGAGUGGAGUUGAUGAAAAAGAGGAAGCACAGCCAGGUCGCUUUGGCGCUUGAGGACUACAUAGAUUUCCGGAAGAAGCAAGAUGCAAAAUUAGAUGAAGAGUUAAAGGAAUCAAAGAAUCCUCAUCCCGAUGGUCAUUCCGUUGCACCUGUAUCAACACUACAAAUGAAUAGGAUGAGAAUGAGGAGUACCUUGAAGUAUAUGCAAUUUUUUCUGUCGGCGCCAAGUUUCUCUAUGACAAGCUUGUUUUUUCCAGAAAAAGCGAAGGCGCUAUGGCUUUUCAAGUGCCCAAUGAAUCGAGAGAUUUUUAUCAAUACCAAGAACCCAAGGAUUAGGCUUUUUUGGUUGAAAGAGGAGAUUGCUGCAAUUGAGAGAUCAUAAGGGAAGUAACUUGUCGUACAUCAUCAAAAGAGCCAAGCCCGGCCUUUAAGAGGGAAUGCAAUCAUGGCUAGACACAUUAUGAACUAUUUCUGUAAUUUUCCUUUUGUACCAUCCAUGUACAAUGCCAUGUAUUACCCCCUUACUAAUGAAAAUCGAGUUACAGUAGGGAUUUUCCCUAUUGUGUUUGCCCAAAAAAAGUAACUUGUCGUAGCAGGAGUGUGUGCCUAAUCUUGUUAUUAGUAUUAGGUGCAUAUGAUUAGGUCAUGUGAUUGGGUUCAUGUUAAUUUGCAGAAUACACC